AUGUCGGUGCUCGGCACGACCGCCGGAAAGGCUAAGCUGCCCGAGUGCACGAUCCAGGUCGAAAUCAAGGCGGCGAACCGGGCGCCGCUGCCGCAGACGCCUCGCUACUCGACGGAGAAGGUGCGGAGCCGCAACCCGGCCUUUGUCAUUGGCCUCACACUCGAGCUGCCGGCGACGACGCCGCCCGACUCGCUCGUGUGCUUUAACGUUGUCUUGACCGAGGAAGGUGCGAGUGGAAAAGUCGUUGCCCACACCGACCACGGUGCCUCGUCGGUCUACUUGCCGCUCACGUCGGCCGUCACGGACGCGGCUGUCCUCACGCUCCGCUUCGCACGCGUCGCGCCACUCUCGCAUUCGCUCCUCGAGACGCAGAACGAGAUCAUCAAGUGCUACGCGUUCCCGUCAGCGACCAAUCCGCUGCACCACUUGCCGACCCUCGUGAGCGAAGAGCUGGCCGAGGUCGGACCCAGCGUGCAAAUGCCGCUGCUCUUUCUUCGCCACUGCCGCCGCGAGCUCGAAGGCGCCUACCACCUCUGGCGCGUGCGCUACAACAACGCGCGGAAGCGGCUCAAGCACUUUGCCGACGGCGACGACGCGCUGCGGAACGGCUGCGACGUCUUCCGCGUCUCGGUCGUCGCCGCGCGCAACCUCUCGGUACCUUUCGCCAACGUGCCUCGCAAGACGUCACCGGUGCGUCCGCCGCACCCGCUGAGCCCGCGCGAGAUGCUCAAGAAGCAGUAUUCGCCGAAACGCGGCUCGUCCAGCGAUGAUGCGCUCGCGCCCCGCUGCGGCGUGCACCCGUUCGUGAUGGUGCUCUUCAACGAGACCGAGUCGGCCGCGACGCCAUUGCAGCAAAGUCCGUGGCAUCUCGUCGGACGCACCAACACCGAGUACGAGUCGCUCUCGCCGCGCUUUGGAACCAACCAGAACGUGCAUCUGUGUCCGCAUGGAUCGGCAGCCAGUAAGCACAGCGUGGCCUCGCUCCUGCACACGAAAGCGGACGUCGAGGUGAAGCAAGGGGCCAAGCAAAUCUUCCUCUCGUGGUUUCGGCCGUCGCGCCAGCAAGUGCUGUCCGGCGCGCUGCAGUGGGACGUCUACGGCGAGGCCGAGAACGACGGCCAGAGCGCGGUCGAAAUUGGCCAAGUGUUCAUUUCGCUCAACGACUUGCGCCCGCUCAUGACGCCCGAGACGCGCAACGUUGUGCCCAACGCGCUCUCGCUGCACACGGCCAUGUGGGUGCCGAUCCUCAACCGGCAGCAGGAACCGGUUGGCGAGCUCUAUUUGGACUUGCAGAUUCGGCUGACAUCCACACCGUUUGUACUCGAGUCGGAGCACAACACGCAUGCGUCCAAGCCCGGACAGGCCAAAGCGGACGACACACCACUCUUCCGCCUCGCGUCGUCGACGAUGGAUCGCGCGCUGCGGGAGACGAUGGCGAUCCCGAGCGACCAAGAGCACUACUCGAUCGGGUUUUUACAUGCGCACGUCAUGGAGCUCGAUCGCCAAGUGAAGGAGCUCGCGGCCAUGAUCCGGACGGCCGAGACCCGCCAGAGCCAGCGCCUUUGGUUCAAAGGCAGCGGCGACAAGAAGAAGCGCGACGUGCAAGCGUUCGCAACCAACUUGCACGUGUCGUAUUUGCGCAAGUACGCGUGGCCCGCUGCGUCGCCGCGCCCCGGCGUCCAGGCCGAGCCGAGCCAGUUUGACCUGCUCGGCUUGAACGACGACACGCCGCCCGUUGUUGCGUCGACGCCGCCACCGAGCAUGGAGAACCCGACGCUAAUGACGUACGCGACCGUCACAUGCGGCGCGCCCACGGCCCACGCGCUCGGCCUCGACGACCAAGGCCUCGUUGGCCUCGAGGACAAGCUCGUGCGCGUCAAGACGCAGAUCGCGCUGGUGGCCAACGGCGUCAAGAACCUCCACAGCAACGUCAUGGUCGAAGGCGGCGUCGCGACCUUUGAGCGGCCCGUGCUCGUGCCGGUCGACGACGGCGACGACGUCGGCAGCAGCAGCAAUCGUAGUAGUACGGACGCCGAGGCCGCCGAGAAACACGACGAAUCGACCGAAGCCAAGGCGGCGAGCUGGUCGCUGGCCGCGAAAGCGCGCAAGACGAUGACCAAGACACUGGGCACGCGUCUGACGCGGCACCCGAGCGACGAGACGAUCGCGCCGUCGGCCCUCGCGCUCCGCGAAGCCUUCGAAGCGUGCAAGUACCAGUACUACUUUCGCAAGUGCGUCUGCGUCUCGCAGGCCGUGUCGGCGCUCGUCACGUCGUUUCUGGCCUCGCUCGAGCUGCACAUGGAGACCGCGCCCGAGAUCCUGCACCAGUGGGCCUCGAUCGGAUAUCUCAUUGGCUGGGAGAGCUUGAUCUCGUCCCAAGGCAAGGAGCUCACGAUGCUCUCGGAUGCGUGGGCGACCAUCAAGUGCCUCGAGCGCUUUGCGUUCCAGCUCGACGACUCGAUCGAGACGCUGCUGCUGGAAGAGACCGGCGCCAACCACGAAGGCUACGUGAUUCGCAUUCCGUGCCUCGGGGCCCCGAAGGACCUCGGCCUCAUCCGCGUCACGUCGGUGCUCUUCACGCAAGGCAUCAACGAGAUGCAGUCGCUUGCCAACAUGGUCGGGACGUCGGGCGUCGAGCUCCAAAGCACCAUCAACAAUGCGAGCUUCCAGACGCUGCAGCAGUACCACGCCAAGUACCUCGGCCUCAACGUCGAGUCGGACCGAACGACAGCGCAGCUGCUGCUCGACCCGCUCAUGGCGGUUGUCCAAGCCGAGAACGCAGCCGCCAAGAACACGCGGAUUCUGCUCGAAGCGUCCGACGCCGUCCGGCGCAUGAACGGCGGCCGCGUCACGUACUGCAAGAGCGGGAAAGAUCGCACGGCCAUGUCGGUGACACUGGACCAAGCACGCUUGCUCUUCAAGCGCGCGAACGUGCAAAACCCGUUUCUGGUCACGUCGCCGACGCACGCGUCCCAAGAAAUGGUCUCGCACGAUGAGCUCGCGGCCGCGAAUCUCAUGCGCGAGUAUGGAGUUCGCAUCGUCGUCGCCAAGAAGAACGUCGGGCGCUUCAAGUACUCGUUCAACUCGAUCCAGCGCAAGCUCUUGCCCGAACUGUACCGGCCGCCGACGUCGACGAUCCAAGACAUGGUCACGUCCGUGACGGCGCGCGACUCGUAAGACGACGCAUCCAUUUACUACUGAAUGGAUACUGAAUGCUGGA